ACUUCCUUCCUUUCCCGAAUUGCAAGGGAGGGCUGAGCACUUAUAAAAACUUGGGCAUCAACUUUCAGGCAUGACAGAAACUUCCUUAGACUAGGAUCGGAUGAUCACCGCAUAGAGCAGAAAGAGAAUCAACCAGAAGAAGCCAGUUCUUGCUUUGGAUUCCAGAGCACGUCAAAGCUAGACGCCAGAACCCAGGGAAGCAGGAGAAAUCGCAGUCGAUUUCACUUCCCUCUUUUCUCCACCUCCCCCUCUCCUUCCUCCCAGACGACUGGCCUGAGAGAAUGCUGCCUCCUCUGCUCCCUCUCCUCUCUCUUCUGACUAUGGCUGAGCUGGGGCUCCCAGCCUCCCCAGCUCCGCAGCCUGGAGGCAGCCAGUGCAUUGAAGACGACUGUUAUGCCGUCUUCUGGAACUCAGAGCAGUUCACUGGGGCGAACCAGGUCUGCCAGCAGCUCGGGGGCCACUUGAUGACUGUGCGCUCUUCAGUGGCCGCGGAUGUCAUCUCUCUGCUUGCUCAGGGAGCUCCAGAAAUCUCACCCCCAGAUGGUCGCCUUUGGAUCGGGCUGCAGCUUGGGCAGAACUGCAGCCACGAGCAGGAGGGACAGCUGCGUGGGUUCAGGUGGGUCACGGGCGACAACAGCACCAGCUACAGUAAGUGGAGACACAGUGGCCGUGGCGCCCUCUGCGGUCACCAGUGUGUUGUGGUCUCCGGGGAUUCUGCCUCUGGCUCCAUGGAACUGGUCUGGGAGGAGCAUCAGUGUGAGUUGGCCACCGAGGGUUUUCUCUGCGAGUAUAACUACCCCGGAUCCUGCAAGCCCCUCAACCUGGAGCCCAGUAUCAAUGCCAGUGUCAUCUACAAUGCCCCUUUCGGGGGAAAGGGAGCUGACUUCCAGGCUCUGCCCCUCAACAGCCACGCCUUGGUAGUACCUCUUGGUUUGGACCUUGUUUGUAUGAAGGUCGAGGAGACCCCGCGCUGGGUCAAGGAAACCUUGGGACCCUGGGACUGCCGGGUGGAGAAGGGGGGCUGCUCGCAGAACUGCAGGCAGGACAGCGGGGAACCUGAGUGUCUUUGCUCGCAAGGGACCCUUUCUAAGGCCGACCUGCGCUCUUGCCAGGCUGAGGGCGACCCAUGCACCCAUAAACGUUGUCAGCAGUACUGCCAUCUCAGCUCGAACGCUCCAGGCGGCUACACUUGCAUGUGUGACUCUGGUUACUACCUGGGGGACGACGGGCAUAGUUGCGUAGACGUCGACGACUGUGCACUGGAGCCGAAUCCUUGCCCGCAGAAGUGCGUUAACACGCAGGGUGCCUUCAAAUGCGAAUGUAACCCAGGCUUCGAGCUGGUAGACGGCGAGUGUACCGAGCUGCUCGACCCCUGCUUAGAUUUGAAGUGCCAGCAUAAGUGUUUACCUUUGGAGGGGGGUACUUACCGCUGUACCUGCGAAGAGGGCUUCGUGCCCAUUCCAGACCAGCCCGACAGGUGCAUGCUGUUCUGCAACACCACGCAAUGCCGGGCCAAAUGCAACCCCUACAAUCCAGACGACUGCAAGUGCCCGGAGGGCUAUAUUUUGGACGACAACCAAAUGUGCAGUGACAUAGAUGAGUGUGAAUCGGGAGAAUGCCCUGGUGGUGACUGCAUUAACCUGCCCGGCAGCUUCCAAUGCAUCUGUGGGCCCAAGUACACACUCGGUGAGACAGUCCAAGAGUGUAUUCCCAUAGAAAUCAACCCUACUGAUGAUGAUGGCGGCUCAGGAGAACCCCCAUUCACCGAGACUUCAGACACCACCACUUCCCCACCGACGGAAGGAGCGGCCCAUUCGGCCGUGCUAAUUGGCAUCGCCAUCAGCAUUUUAUCCAUUGUCACAGUGCUCCUCGCCACCAUCUGCCACUUGAGGAAAAAACAGUGUGCAGCCCGGGCUGCUCUGGAUUACAAAUGCGCAGGCCCAGCCAAGGAAGAGGUCUUGCAGCAGGUGCGCACGGAAUCAGUCCCUCAGAAACUCUGAAAGAGCUGGCUUAAGCUCCCCUCCAUCCAGGACCAAGGGCUCAAGGACAGCUUCAGUCCUUCCCAGUGCAGAGCUGAGGGGAGCUGAGUGAACAGAGAUGAGUUUGAUGGCAUUAAUCGGUAUUAAUAACGGCUUGAUCCCUUCUCUCCACUCUCAGUCCCCUGCUCUCUGCCACAUUAUUCUCCCAACACUCAGCACCUUAACUUUUUUUCGGAUCUGGGAAGAUAUUAUUGCUAGAAACUUCUUUCCCAGAUGUAAGGGUAUCAGUGGGUUUAUGGGAGCCACAUCUGGGGAGUACCUUUGAAAGACUUGUGAACAGCGACCAUAUGUGGUGAACCCUGUGGUCAUCAGCCCGGAAGACUGUAAAGUGUUAAUGUAGAUUACCAAAUGACUUCUGAUCAUAAUUCAGAGGCUUCGAAACUGUACUGUUACUGCCUGUAGCUCCAAAUCUGCCACCUUUGGUUGGACUGGGAUGAGUUUGGAAUUCUUGGAUGGUCAUUAGAAUAUUUAUUUUUUCUAAGUAUCUAAGAUACUCUGCUUUCCUUUUCUGUUUCUUACUUUCUUUCUUUUUUUUUAAAGAAAGACAUCCGUAGCUAUCUCUCUAUGUGUCAAACAAGAGUGGGAAUUCCUUUUAGAAUAUUAGAAAAAUCUACUUUAUCAUAUUACUUUAAGCUUUCUCUGUGAAUUUAUAUUAUCUGUAGCUCUCACAAAUGUGAAAUCCAGAUUCCCAUUCCCUUUACCAACCCUCCCUCAUCUACUGAGAGCUAAGGUAACUUUUACCUCAACAAAUGAAGUCCUCAAACAGGAUGCCUUUCUGUCGUUUCAUAAAAACCCUACGUUUAUCUUUCUCUGCUCAGGCUGUAACUCUUGCCUCAAAAAAAUAACCACAGGGGGAAAUAGGAAUUUUUUUCUUGCCAAUUCUUGUAAAUUAUUACUCAAAUCAUUGACUUUCAUGGACAGCAUAGGUUCAGUAAAGUUAAUAUGCACAAGGUAUUAAGUCUCUUUGCUGGGUUGGAACAGAAAUAAAUCUAAAUCUCACUGUAUUUAUCUUGUUUAAGGAUUCUGGUAUGUGAUCGAAUUGGAAAGUCGACAUUAUCGUUUGAUUUUCUUUGCAGCUUACCUUUUGCCUUAGAAUGCUGGUGAAAAUGUUGAGAGGGUUGCUCUAACAUGAUAAAACUGAUGUGAGAAUGCAGGGAAAAACAGUAUGAGUGCUGGAUUUGGGUUCAGGAAAGUGAAGCUGAAUGACCCAUUUUUAUUGUAUAACUGUAGAGGGACAGUCAGAGCUGAGGGCAUUUGUCAACAGGUAAAACAUUGACAAGGAAAUUACUAAGCCCUGCUGUUGACAGAAAGCAUUUUUAAGGGGGGAGGGAGGGUCAAGGUGAGAGCCUAGAUUAUCAAAAAUAGAAGCCUUCAUUGAUCAGCCUCCCAGGAGAACUAUGCUUAACCAUUUCAAAUUGCCUCUGUGGCCCCAGCUUCUAAAUUUCUGGAAAUUCUCAAACAAGGGUCAAUAACAAAGGAAUAGUAAGUCAAGUCUGGGGCUUUAUUUUAAAUAAGGUGAGAACAAUCUAUUUGCUAGGCUGUUUUUUUCUUCUAGAAAUGACCAGGUACAUAUAACUUGAGACUGCUAUGCCAGGUUGGAAAAUGUUUUUUGGUUCAGUUAAGCUAGGUUAAUGAAAUUGUUCUUCAGCUUUUGAAAAAGAGCAAAUGUGUUAUAUAAAGUACCUUUUUACAGUAAAGUUUUUCUCUACUGUUUUGUAAACUUGGCACAUUUGUAAAUAGUUAUUUAUUUAUUGGAAAUAAAAAAAAGAGUACAGGCAAAAGCCUGACUUCCAAUUUCACUUGUAGAAAAUAAAAAGUUUU